AAAAGUUCUAAAGAGUAAGUUCGAGAGCAAGACGUGGUGCCCUAAUCAGCUGGAGAGAUUCACAACUUGUUACCGACUCACCGUUUCGGCAUGGCAGCAAAGAUCACAGCGGCUUUGGCUGGAUCAUUUGUAAUUGCAUAUGUAUGUGACCGAAUUAUUUCUGACGACAAGAUAUUUGGAGGUACUACUCCAAAAACUGUUUCUAAGGAAUGGUGGGAAGAAACUGAGAAGAAAUUCCAGGCAUGGCCUCGUACUGCUGGACCACCAGUGGUCAUGAAUCCCAUCAGUCGACAGAAUUUUAUUGUCAAGACACGCCCAGAAGAUUGAAGAGCAGUUUGAUCCUGUUUGCCGUUGGUUUCGUUUGUUUUGUUCUUCCCGAUAAAUUGAUAAUAUGUUUAAUGCCAAAUAAUGUGUAGUGACUGAGGCUUUGAUGCUUGAAGAUACGGCCACUAUUAGUUCAGAUGAAUGUACAUCUGUGCUCGUCUUAUUUGUGUACUGCUUUCUUGCCAUGCAUUUUCUGUUUGAUUGUUCUCUUGAGGAAGUUCAGUCAUGAUAUUUAUUGUAAUACCUUUUUCCUUUUGGAUUGGCUUUUGACUAGCAAUUUCUA